GGUUCGCCUCGUAUUCCGGGCAGUGCAAUGGAAGCACUCGUGGUCACGUUGCAUGCUAAGCUCACGGACACGUACGUAGUGCCGUUUGUGGAGUUGGAGAUACUGCGACAGCGACUACGAGAAGACGCUUCUGCGCUUGUGCACAGCUUCUUGACACGCAAGGACAGUCGUGUGCAGUGUGAGGAAGCGGGCGAUCCUAUGGUGUAUAAUGGUGUGUGUUAG